CCGCCACUUCAGCCCUCAAAGCUCGAAACAUUUCACGGUUCGGUUAACUGGCUAAGUUAUCUUAACUUCGAAGCGCACACAGCUUUGCCCGCCGGAAAAUCACGAAGCGAGAAAUUCCUUGUCGAGGAGGAAGUGUGUUUAGCUAUGCAACUAAGCUUCGCCCGUGCGUGUUUCCACUCCCGGCCGAUUUGCUCUGCGCCGCGGCAACUCUCAACGGUAGUGCCGAAGCCCCAAAUCCCUCUAUUCGAGAGGCCACCAAUUCAUGCCGCAACUUCGCUCCAGCUCCAGAAAUGGCAUGAAUGGGCCAAAACUCUCGCGUCCUCAGUUGGGUCGUCGUUUGUCGAAGCGGACAAUGGCCCUGAUUCAACCCUCCUGUGUAGAGAACUGAACUGGCUUUUAGAGGACGCAAUUGAACAUCCCUCCUCGUUACGACAUGCAAGCAAGGAAGGUGUUUGUGAAAAUGUCAAGCUGAGGGCCAGUCUGGAUGAUCUUUACAACUUGUGGAAAGACCGGAUCGAGAAUAGGAGGCCUUUGCAGUAUCUUGUUGGGUGUGAGCACUGGAGAGAUUUGGUGCUGAGUGUUCAGGAAGGGGUUUUGAUUCCGAGGCCAGAGACUGAACUAAUUGUGGACUUGGUGGAGGAAUUGGUGUCUAGAACGGAUGAUUUGCGAAAUGGGAUGUGGGCAGAUUUGGGGACUGGGAGUGGCGCUCUUGCCAUUGGAAUUGGGAAGGUUUUGGGGAGUUCUGGCAGUGUCAUUGCCACGGAUGUAAGUCCGCUUGCAGUUUCUGUGGCCAACUUUAAUGUGCAGAGGUAUAGCCUCCAGGACCUGAUUGAGGUGAGACAAGGUUCUUGGUUUGAGCCGUUGGGGAAUUUAGAAGGAAAACUUUCAGGUCUUGUGAGUAAUCCACCCUAUAUUCCAAGCAACCAUAUGCCCCACCUUCAAGCUGAAGUUGACAGACAUGAACCGAAGCUUGCAUUAGAUGGUGGUGAUUGUGGCAUGGAUAGUGUUCUCCUGCUUUCCGCUGGAGCUGCUAAAAUGUUGAGAGCUGGUGGAUUUUUUGCCUUUGAGACAAAUGGUGAAGAGCAAUGCAAGUAUCUAGUAGAGUACAUUCAAAGAGAAAUCUCUGGCAGCUUCUGCAAUCUCAACAUAGUGCCUGAUUUUGCCGGAAUUGAAAGAUUUGUUACUGGGUUCCACCAAUAAUAAGCAUUCUUGUUGUUGCAUGACAAUGAGAGCUGUUGUAAGUAGUACCUUGAGAAAAAAGGUAAUUACUAAGCACUUUGGUGCAUAUUCGUUACAGUUUCUCCACAUUACUUAAAUGGGUUUGACUAUAAUCUAAUCAUUUUGCAAAAGUCCUUCACCUUGAAUAACUUUUGUAAUUUGGCAGGUAUGGGAAAUGCCAUUUGCUGGCACAGCUCUACCUGAUCUUCAAGAUUCACAAACUGGGAUCAGCAAAAAUUUUGACAGACGACUGACUAACAUGACUGAUAGACUAGAUAGAAUGGUAAUGUUCAAUGUGGUUUAGGUUAAGAUUGCCUUGCUUCAAGAUGAAAUGAUAUGCUCAGAUUGUAUUAUGGUUCCUCUGAUGUAAACGUCUUGAGUAUAUACUACUGGUUGACUCAUGAAUACUAGAAGUGAAACGUUGAUACCAUGCAAUGUGAACAAGAUUUUGAAAGAAAAAAGCAUAAGUUUCUGUUAUGAUGUCCCAUUUGGUAUGUAUACAAUAACACAGUAGUUACAAUGGGGGUGAAAUUGGCUCCUUUAUCUCCCUCUUUCUCAUCACUAAAUAAAUUUGAAGUCAACUC